AACACCAUCAGCAGCGUCUUCAAACGGAUCUCCGUGGACGGUCAGCUGGUGGCCAACGAGCUGGCUCCUCCAGACAGGCCCAAAGUCAGCGCCACGGUGCAGCAGACCCGCAGGAGCAAGAUGUCUCUGAGGAAGCCUCAGGAGGGCGACGGCGCCGGUCCAGGAGAGGGCGCCGUCUCCUGGCAGAGGGUCACUCUGAUCCUGGAGCUGCUGCAGUUCAAGAAGAAGCUGAGGAGAGCUCAGACGCUGGUGCCCGUCCUGUUCUCGCUCCUGGCCAGGAGUCAGGAGCCGUGCUCUGAAGACCACACCAACAUGGAGUACACCAAGCAGCUGCUCCUCAGCUGCCUGCUCAACAUCUGCAACAGGCUGGUGGCGGAGGGCGGAGCCAAGGCUGCAGAGCUCCUGGAGGAGGAGCAGUUCAGCGUGGAGCUGGUGGUUCAGUGCGUUCGAGCCUCCGACGUGCCGCAGACGCACCACCACGCCCUGCUGCUGCUGGGCGCCGUCGCCGCCAUCUUCCCCGAGAAGGUGCUCCACAACAUCAUGCCCAUCUUCACCUUCAUGGGCGCCAACGUGCUGCGUCUGGACGACGUGUACAGCUUCCGAGUCAUCGAGAACACGCUGCGCGCCGUCAUACCUGCUCUCAUCCAGGCCCACCGGCGCCCUGACGGCAGCUCUCCGACUCACCUGGUUGCCGUGGUGACGAGGAUCAUGCACGUGUUCGUGGACGCUCUGCCUCACGUGCCCGCCCAUCGCCGCCUGCCCGUCCUGUCAGAGCUGGUGACUACCCUCGGCCCCGCCCACUUCCUGUGGGUCCUGAUGCUCCUCCUGUUCAAGCAGCACGCCGCACUGAGCUCCGGCUCCACCUCUGACAAGGAUGCAGCCCUGCAGACGGACGUGGAGUUCUGGAUCUCUCUUAGCGUUCACUUCCUGGUCACUGAUCAGCUGACCUCCUUGAUCGAAAUGAUGAACUUCCUGCUGCAGCUUCCUGACGACAAAGACGACACUCAGGCGAAGCGCCCGGCGCGCCGGCGAGGAGCCCAGAAGCAGCAGCAGCAGGAGGGAGGCGCCGGUGGAGGAGCUGAUCUUCAACGUGGAGGCUCACAGCAGCAAGGAGCUGCGGCACCUCAAGUUCCUCUGCAUCUCCUUCAUAGCCGAGCUGCUCGCCUCCUCCAGCUUCAUCGCCAAGGUGGCGGACGGUGACGACGACGCAUCUCUGCAGCCGCUGCAGCAGAAGCUCCUGGAGGAGGUGCUGAGGUACAUCCAGAGUGUCGCCCGCUGUGUGGAGACCAACGCCGACAAGCCGACCGCCAAGUUCUGGAGAGUUCUGCUCAACAAGUGCUACGACGUGCUCGACAAGGUGAACGCCCUCCUGCCG